AUGACUCCUGAAGGGAUCGAACCCCGACUGCUUAUCAACGGGAAGUUAGUGGAGGCAUCCGAUAAGAAGACUUUCCCCUUGUACAAUCCUACGACACGGGAGAAAAUCGCAGAUGUCCCGGAAGCCAGUGAAGAAGACACCAAUGCAGCCGUUGCGGCAGCCAAAGCAGCCUUUCCGAGCUGGUCUGCGCUCUCGCCGAUUCAGCGCGGCCAAUGUUUCAAAAAACUGGCAGACUUGAUCCGAGAAGCACACGACGAGCUCGCAUACCUCGAAGCGAUCUCCAUGGGUCAGCCGGUUUCCCGAUACCAUGACAGCUAUUGGGCCGCAGCGGAGUUUGACUACUAUUCUGAGGCGUGGCUGAGGCCGCAGGGCACGACCAGUUUACACACCCCAGGUUUCGUGAAUAUGACUUUCAGGCAGCCGUACGGUGUCGUGGCUGCUAUUAUUCCGUGGAAUUUUCCUCUGGGGUUCUUUGCCAAAAAGACGGCCCCGGCCCUCAUGGCUGGGAAUACGGUGGUGCUGAAAAGCAGUGAAAAGGCCCCUUUGACGUUGCACGACCAGUCUGCAAAAGUUGCUACUUUGGUCGAAAAGGCCGGAUUUCCCCCAGGUGUACUGAAUAUCAUCUCCGGACACGGUCCACUCUCGGGUGCAAUCCUGUCCUCCCACAUGGAUGUCCGUGUCGUGACAUUCACGGGCUCUGUCCGUACGGGGCGGCAGAUUCAAAUGGCGGCGGCAAAAUCCAAUCUGAAGAACGUGCUCCUCGAACUUGGUGGGAAAACUCCAGCGGUGAUCUUUGAGGAUGCGGACUUGAAAAAAGCCAGCGAAGAGACGCGGUUCAGCAUCCAGUAUAACAGCGGCCAGGUUUGCAUGGCCAAUUCCCGUAUCUACGUCCAGGAGUCCAUCGCCGAUCGCUUCAUUUCGCUAUUCAAGGAGAAGUUUGCCGCCGUACGUGCAGGAGAUCCAACGAACAAGGACACAAAUCAUGGACCACUAGCCGACGAGGCCCAGUACACAACCGUUACGAACUACAUCGAAGAAGGGAAGAAGACCGGCACCCUGCUUCAUGGCGGCAACGGAGGCCUUCAGCAUCUGAACGGAUACUUCGUCGAGCCGACCAUCUUCACCAACACCCCCGAGAACGCCAGGAUCGUGAAGGAAGAGAUCUUCGGUCCGGUGGUGGUCAUCAACACCUUCAAGAGCGAGGAGGAGGUGAUCCAGAAAGCGAACGACAGCGAGUACGGCCUCUAUGCGUCAGUGUACACGAAGAAUCUUGAUCGAGCCAUGCGCAUGGCCAAGGCGUUCGAGGCUGGAACAGUGUCCAUCAAUUGCGCCAGCCCGUCGCUGGCGCCCGACAUGCCAUUUGGUGGCUACAAGGCCAGCGGGAUCGGCCGUGAAGGGUGGAUUUGUGGACUGGACAAUUACCUGGAGACCAAGACUGUGCUAAUGAAGGUCGACAGUGCAUCGCAAUAG